GUAUUCAAUAUGGACGUCGGAGCUACUAGCUAAGUUGUAGAGGAUAUUACUGUAGGAUGUAAGGAAGGAAAUUCUAUCAUCACAGGGCGCUUUUAGCGCAUGCUGUCGACAUGGGAAAAGAGCAAGAACUUUUGGAUGCUGCAAGAAGUGGAAAUCUAUCUGUCGUAGAAAGAAUUUUAAGUCAAAGAGCCAGAAAAUCAGGGCCACUUGCAAGCUUAAGAAGAGGACCUGGUGCGAACACCCAGGAUCCGAGUGGUUACACUUCUCUCCACCACUCAGCACUGAACGGACACAAAGAUAUAGUAGCUCUGCUUCUCACUCACGAGGCUUCCACAAAUGUUGUCGACAACAAAGGAUCCACUCCACUCCAUCUAGCGGCCUGGACGGGGAACACAGAAAUUGUAAAGUUACUACUUGUCCAUGGGCCGUCAGUACCCAAUGUUAAUCUUGCAAAUCAUGAUCAUGAAACGGCGUUACACUCAGCUGCCCAGUAUGGCCACACUGACGUCGUAACUCUCUUGCUCCAAAAUAAUUGUGACCCUACCAUACGGAACCUGAAGGAAGAAACAGCCCUUGAUUUAGCUGCCCAAUAUGGUCGAUUAGAAACUGUGGAACAGCUCAUCAAACACAAUCCCCAAUUGCUUCGAAAUAACAUCAAAAAACAUUCCCCUCUCCAUCUGGCGUCAAGAAACGGACACAAGCAAGCAGUUAGAACUCUUUUAGACGCUGGAUUUGACGUAAACUUCCUGGCAGAGGGUGGUAGUGCGCUCCAUGAGGCGGCCUUUUAUGGCAAAAAUGAAGUUGUGAAGCUUCUCUUAGAUUAUGGGGUUGAUGUUAAUUUACAAGAUCAGCAUGGAAGAACAGUGUUUGAUUUAUUAGAAGAUCUAAACACCAACAUCGCUAAAAAAACCUUCAAAAUAGUCAAAGACCACACUACUCUAGUCGCUACGGAUGAAGAUGUAGUAGAAUCUCCGUGUUCGUUAUCACCGCCACCUGGUUUUCUCUCCGGGACUUAUGCGAACGUCCUUCUACCUGAGAGGUUGUCUUCUUAUGGUAUAUCUCCUACAAAACAGAAUAGUUCUCUCAUUUUAGAUACCAAUUUUUAUGAAGUUCCACCUCCACCCAGGUCUUUCAGUUCAAGUAAACGAACCUCAGGAAAUGUUGGGUAUUCUUUCCGAAAACCUCGAGUUGUGAAAUAUAUUGAAAGCAAGUUUUCACGUUCUCAAUCUAGCUUACAAUAA